AUGAGAAAGAGAAAAUGUAUUGCCAUCCUUGUCCUGCAAGGGUUACUGGAAAUAGACAAGAAUCCAAGAGGAAAGACCAGGUCAUGGAUAAGGAAAAGAGAAAGCCGUGGAUUUUACACGAACAUCGUGAGGGAAUUGAUGGUUGAAGACACAGCAGCGUAUCGUGAGAUGAUGAGAAUGUCCUACGACGAUUUUAAAGUAUUGCUACGAGUUGUAGAGCCUCACAUAAGUCCGCAUCAG